AUGGCGUCACUUACCGUUGUUUGCGUCUCCGGACCGAGCCUGUGUGGUCGUGAUCUCAUCCAGGCGCUGAACAACGAAGGGGAUGCGGUUUUGAGCGUGUCCAGCUUUAAGGAGCAAGGGCUCAACUUGCAAGCGAUCCUGUGUGAGUACGAGAACAUGUUUGCACCUGAACUGGGUCUGUUCAAGGUUCCGCCCGCUCAUCUAUACAUGGAGGAGGAUGCGGUUCCAAAGUUCUUCAAAACCAGGCCACUUCCAUAUGCAAUGCUAGAAAAGGUUUCUAACGAGCUGGACAGGCUUGCUAAAUCCGGAGUCCUGUCCCCGGUGGCUCACUCAGAGUGGGCGGCGCCGAUAGUUCCGGUAAUGAAGAAAGACGGAGCAGUUCGAUUGUGUGGCGAUUACAAGGUAACGGUAAAUGCCGGCUGUGUGACGGAGCAGUACCCACUCCCGGUAAUCAAUGACCUUUUUGCUGCACUACACGAGGGUGGCGUUUACAGCACAUUGGACCUUCGAGACGCCUACAACCAGGUUCCCCUGAAUGAGCAGUCUAAGAAGCUGAAGGUCAUUAACACACAUCGGGAAUUAUUCUGCUUUCUUCGCCUGCCAUUUGGUGUGUCUUCUGCCCCAGCUAUCUUUCAGCGAAUAAUGGACAGCGUCCUGAACGGUUUGCCGGGAGUCCAGGCGUACUUGGACGAGGUUCUCGUUGCGGAAAAGGGGAAUGACGGCGGAAAGAACGUCAAGGCAGUUCUCCAGCGCUUUCAAGAGUACAGCGUCAAGCUAAGGAAGGAGAAGUGCACCUUCAGGAUGCCUGAGGUUUCGUAUCUCGGCCACAAGAUCAGUACUGGAUGGCUGCAACCUCUGGAGAAGAACAUGGAUGCUAUCAUAAAGGCGCCAACACCCAAGAACGUGAGCGAACUGUGUUCGUACUCGGGUCUUCUCACGUAUAACAGCAAGUUCCUUCCCAAUAUGGCCAGUCUGCUAUCACCGCUCUACGAUUUGCUAACCAAAUAA